AUGAGAUUGAUUGGAGCAAAACUACAUAGGCAGUAUGUGAUUGGCGAUAGGAUUCUCGGUUCAGGUACUUGCACAAAUACGGAUCCAAUUUUAGGGGCUCAGGGAACUGUUUUCGAGGGAUUUGAUUUGGAAAAGUGCGAUCGUGUAGCAAUCAAAAUCAUAACACACAAAUAUUCCGUUGACACGUCAAACUCAACACAAUCUAAAUGUUCUGAUUGCUAUCCAUUUAUACAGUUGAGCGCUCCAGUUCUGCCAAGAAAAUCAUACAAUAAUGAUUACCUUCUCAAGUUACAGUCUAUUUUCCAUGAAACAAAAGUGAUAUCCAUCCUUAAGACGUCUGAACAUGUCAUCAAGAUCAGAGAUGUUAUUGUUGAAUCGUUUCGACAAAACUACACUUGCGGCAGCUCAGAAUUUUUCAAAGAUUCUUCGCCCCAAAUUGAGGAGUACAUAUUUAUUGUGAUGGACGUUUGCAUAGACAGCAUUGACAGCAUCUUUUUCAAGCUAACCCAAUUUUUAUCCACCGAUCCUACGGUCUUGUCCAUUUUUGACAAGCUCGGCUUCUGGGUCGAUCCUUCUCCAACAGGAUCUCCUGCGUUUCAAGCACCUGAAGCCAUUUCUUUUUUGCUUAGCUCGCCACUAAAAGAAACCCUUCCAAAAUCGUCCAGGGAAAAGGCGGACAUUUGGGCGGCUGGUGUAACGCUAUUCCCCUACAACGGAGAUCAUGUUUUUUCCCUAUACCACUCCAUAGCAAAUUCUUUGAGCUGGGAGGUUUUGCCCCAAUUUAGCCCGCUUACGGUUGAUUUUCUCUCCAUUCUUCUGGCGAAAAAUCCCAAAGAUCGCCAGUCUGCUUUUCUAUUACUUCGUCAUCCGUGGUUUUUCACGUCCGAGAUUCAAUUCGGUUUGGACACCUUCAAUAAUUAUCUCUAG